CUCCCAGUUAGAGGAAGUUCACUCCACUUCACUGUUCUCUCUGUCAGACCCUGCAGCAGCACGUUGAACACUGGGCCAGUGUGACGGAAAUUAAGGGGACCUUUUGUGUAUCGCUGAAAAGAGGAACCUUGCUAGGAGGGAAAAGACACCAGGCCGUGGCCCCGCCAUGCAUGUGAGACAUGACCAACAAGGCAGCCUGAGAUAGCUCGAACAGCCCCCCGAGCAGCAUGGAGCCUAUAGGCAGCUGCGCCCCCUUGGCCUCAGAGUCGGACAUCUACCGCAGUGUCCAGGCCGUGCUCAGGGAGCUGGAGAGCCAACACCCCUCCUCUGUGCCCAAUAAAGGGAUGCUAAGAUGGACGCUGCACAAGAAGGUUCGGAACAAUCCUGCCAACAGUCUCAUUCUGGUGAGAGUCGUCGUCAAGGAGCUGGAAAGGGCUGAGAGGGUAGACUGUCGGACACACAUCAUCCCCCUGCUCCACACACUCAUCUAUGCUGUCAUCCAGUCAGCCUACCUUCCUGACGACCUGUACAAGCGGGUAUAUGACUUCUGUAAGAGGCUGCUUACCCUCCCCCAGCCCUACUGUACUGUAGGCCUCAGCUACACCAGACGCAUGAAGACAGAGCGCUACGCACCAGGAGUGCUGUAUCAGAGGAUGGUGGUCGCAGAGCAGAGCCUGAAGAAUGACUACCAUCCCUUUCAGGAGAGGGUGUUUGUGUUCGCCGAUCCGGCGGUCUUCUCCGGCCCCCACGGUGAGGCGCUGAGAGGGGACAUCGAGGUCUCGGGGUCAGGGGGGUAUCUGAAUCCCCUUGACCACAUGCGGAGCGUGGUCCAACACUCCAUCCAGGCUGCUCUCGGAGGGGAGCUGUGCCACGGUCCUAAACUGGCACAGGCACUGAAGGAAAUUGGCCAGGACGUGGAGCCGUACUUCCAGGAGGUGGUGGCCAGUCUGGAGCAGAGUGUGGAGGAGGGCACCAAGGGGGAAGGGGUGGUGCUGAGGGGGAGACUGGGACAACUCUACAGAGAGAUCCUCACCCAUACUGACACAUCAGACACAUUGUCCUCCGGUGGUGGGGGAUGCCUGUGUGACAUGCCGCUUCCCAACCCGGAGAUGAGCUUCCACCUGUGGAGGGAGGAUGAGGAGAUCUGGCGCGAGCUGGCCAAGUGCGUGCGCUCCAGCUCCAUGUCGUCGGAACACUUCUGCUUCAGCCAGGACCAGGAGACCGACUUUGACCUCGCCGACCUCCCCGCCGACCUCACUUCCUCCUCCGCCAUGCCCCGCCACUCCGUGAUGUCCACCGACAGCGGCAUCGAGAGGGACCUUCCCCCUGGGGUUGAGCCUUCAGUGGUGGAACCCUCUGGUGGUUCGGAGGAGGGGGAGGCCAGGUUAACCCGACGAGGAGGCAUCAAGAUGAGGCCGUCAGUCACGGACAAUAUGGCCCUGAUGCAGGAGGCUCUGGAGGAGAGCGGGAGUGUGGCCGGGGGAGGAGGGGGGACACUUCAUAGGAAGGCGGGGUGCAGCGGGACCCCCUCAUUCUCCAAGCAGCAGAGGCACUUCACAGCCCGGAUCGUGGUGAUGGGGGACGACAGGGUGCUGGGGAAGCUGGCUAAGGCCUUCUACUUUCUCAGGAAAAGGGAAGCGCGUCGUCUCUUUCUGACCAUGAAAGUCAACUUCCAGUUUUACUACGUCCCUGUCUGUGAGGAUCCCAGUCCCACCUGUCCUGUCAGAGAAAACCUCUCCCCAUCCCGGGAAAACCCCUGUGCCCUGGGUUCCUACUUGGGAACGGUGGAUCCAUGGUAUGACUGCAACAUCAACAGUCUGGGAUCCAUGAUCCCCAAGAUUGCCAAAAUGCAGUCCAACAGCAGCAAGCAGGCAGAGCCUAACCCCUUCCUGUCUGAUGUCAUUUCCUACUACGUGCGGACCGGACUGCAGCCUGUUUACUUCACCAUCUAUUCUGUCAAGAUCCGCUUCUCCAACCUGACCAAGGACCCAGUGGAGGACGUGUUUCUCUCCCACUUAGAGCUGGACUUCCCCGAGUUCAAACAGUCCCCAACUACUUUGAAAGCCACAACCAUCAGGCAGAAGAAGAACACAGGAGACGCAUGCGGUGCCGUCGUCUCUGUCAACUACAAAAAGGUGUCGUUGAGUGGUAGAGACGUAGAUAAGAGUAUGUCAUUGAGGACCUCAGGUGUUCAGAUUAGUGCCAUUCCCUCCCAUGAAACUGAAGAUCUAAACUGUCUUACAGUCGCUUUCAACGAAACUAAAACCAAGAACACCACGGAGGCCCAGAUCCGUACCUGUAACAUUAAGAUCAGAACCCUGGAGAUGAAAACCUUCACUGUGACCCUGGACAAAGACUCUAGGAGAACCUUCCGAGACAUACAGAGCAUAGAGAUCGCUCCCUGUCUUGACCCUGGAUACUGUGUCCAGAAGACCAUGCGGUCCAAGUUCAGUUUGGGGGAAGAGGAGAGGGACGCUGGCCUCAGCAAGUACAUGAACAAAGGACUUCCUCUACCAAUCAAUACCUUCGCUGGUAUCAUCAACUGACUGAUCCCACAACCAUCUGGAUGGACUCCACUGUACAGAGACUGAAACGUUGAGACCAUCUGCAUUGCGUGAGGAUCAGGGACGCGCUUUGUACUCACAACAGCGCCUCAGUGUACCUUGAAGGGAUGUGGAAAGAGAACCUGGGUGGCAGCUAAGGGUAACCCACGGUUAUGUACCUGGUGUAACCUUGACAAGAAAACCAGUUCAGUUUGACAAGUGUUAGAUUUGUCAACAAACCAAUGAAUUUGCCAUGGGUAUUGGAUCUCGUUCCAGUUUCUGCUUGUGACAGUUUUAUCAUAUACUGUUCCCAUAGGCAUAUCUCUGACUGACAGCAUAGUCAAAGAAAAAUAUUGCCUCUAAAAUUGACAAUUUUUUGAGAGUGUAUGAGGCAUGAGAGUGAAGCUCAGUUCUAUAUAAGCUUUAGCUCAGAGGACUAACAUAAACUUAAACAACCUGGGUUCAAAAUCUGGUCCGUCAGAAGAGUAGCCCACCCUCCCAAUCAUCUAACCUAAGGGAAGACUCAUCCAUCCCUUGACGUCAGGGUUGGGGCACAUUCCAUUUCAAUUCAGUAAAGUUAUGGAGUAAACUGAAAUUCCCAUAGGGAUUGACUGAAUUUAAAUGGAAUUGACCCCAACCCUGCUUGCCAUGUAAACACACUACCUGCUGCUCUUUGAGUUCUGACACUGAAUAACUCUGGUAGAGUCAUUUUCAUUACUAAGCUUGGCAGAAGAACAACUUAAAGAUAGUGUGAUGUCUUGGUGAGCUAACAACAGAAGGUCUUGAAGCAGUCACUUGUUGGAUUAACCCGUUCUUUAAGAAACAGGUUCCAUUUAAAGGGGCAUAUAGUCUAUUACAGGCCACGUCUGCUCUCUGAGCUCAUCUAAGUUCUUGAGAGUUUGAAUGCACUGUGCACAAGCCUUCAGUAAAAACAUGACACAAAAGAACAGGCACCUAUUUUAAGAUCCCUAAAGAACAUGUUGCAUGACAGGAAACUGACUCAGGGGGGGACUUUGUUCUGUAUGCUAUACUAACAAGUGGUGCAAAGCCCAGUGUGGUUGACUAUUACCAUGCUAGGAGGCCUAUGCUAAAAUGAAAGUUAAACUCUGAGCCCUUUGCUUGUUUCAAAUGAAUUUAUCACGCCUAACUUGAAGGUGAUGGAACACAGUCACCGCUGUCAGACAUUGGCUGGUUUACAAUAAAUCAUGAGGUGAUGGGGACUAGUUAUCAUAUAUGCACCCAUAAAAAGUAUGUGGAUGACAGACAGACAGACAGACAGACAGACAGACAGACAGACAGACAGACAGACAGACAGACAGACAGACAGACAGACAGACAGACAGACAGAGAGAGAGAGAGAGAAAGAGAGAGAGAGAGACUCACUGAAUGACUGUGGCCACACCUAUAAAUACCAUUGAAAGAAACGAGGGUCUUAAAGAGUAUUCUGAUCGCCAGCUAGUAGGUUUGUAAUGCAUCAUCAACAGACCUUUUUGCACACUUGUCUAUUUUAAAUGUUAUGUAUGUAAGACUAAUCAUUGGAGUAUGGUGUCAUUGCAAUUACUUGUUUAAUAGUAGUGUAAAUACAUGUAUUUUUUAUAUAAUUGCUGUAUAUUUUAUAUAAAAAGAGAUAGAAUUUGAA